UGUCCAGAUGACCAGUAUUCCAAUAAGAAGCGGGAUCAGUGUGUCCCCAAAAGCAUAAGCUUCUUAUCUUAUGAAAAAUCAUUGGGACUGAUCCUGGCUUUCUUUGCCAUUGCUUUGUCCCUAACCACUGCCUUUAUUCUGGGAAUCUUCAUUAAACACCAAGAAACUCCCAUAGUCAAAGCCAACAACCGUGAACUCACCUACGUCCUCCUGGUUUCUCUCCUGUUUUCUUUCUUGACUUCCCUUCUAUUCAUCGGUCGCCCCAUGAAAAUGACCUGUCUCCUUCGACAAACCAUUUUCAGUAUUGUUUUCUCAGUUGCCGUAUCUUCUUUGCUGGCCAAGACUGUAAUGGUGGUGGUGGCCUUCCUGGCUACAAAGCCAGGAAGCAGGAUGAGGAAAUGGCUGGGGAAGGGUCUGGCCCACUCGAUUGUUUUAUCCUGCUCUGGUAUUCAAGUAGGCAUCUGUAUGACAUGGCUGGGAAUCUUUCCCCCAUUCCCAGAUUCUGAUUUUCAUUCCCAUCCAGAACACAUCCUGCUGCUGUGCAACGAAGGUUCAGUGGCCAUGUUCUACACUGCCCUUGGCUACAUGGGUUUUCUGGCUGCCAUCUGUUUCUUGGUGGCGUUUCUGGCUCGAAAUCUGCCAGGGACCUUCAAUGAAGCCAAACUGAUCACCUUCAGCAUGUUGGUGUUUUGUAGUGUUUGGAUCUCCUUUGUUCCCAGCUACCUGAGCACCAAAGGGAAAUACAUGGUGGCUGUGCAGAUCUUCUCCAUCUUGGCCUCCAGCCUAGGUUUAUUGGGUUGUAUUUUUGUUCCCAAGUGCUACAUUAUUACACUGAGACCUGACAUAAACACCAAGGAACAUCUGAUGAUGAAAUCUCAUUAA